CAUGGGAGGAAACUUCCGAUUCGCUGGAAUAAAAAGAGCAGAGAAGACGCUGCACCUCCAGACACCACGAAGACGCAGGCCAGCCGGUUCCCGUCAGGAGCAACGAUGAGCAACCAACUAAAGAGCUCAGAGGAAUCCCAGAUCAGGAUUCUGCUUCUGGGACAAACUGAAUCUGGGAAAGAGUUUGUUAGAGAAGCCAUCCAGACGCAGUUCGACGAAGGGAGUGAACGUUGUCCCGAACCCGAAUGGGAUCUGAAGACAGGAACCGUCAUGUCAGGUCCUGUCUUCUUGGGAAAACCCGUUGAGGUGACGAUUCUGAAUUAUCGUUGUCUGCAUUACAGCAACAAAGAGAAGACCUUAAAUGUCAAGAAAACGAUCAAAGAAGACAUGGAGCUCAUCAAACCGGGCCCUCAUGUGAUCAUCUGGGUUUCAAAGGAAACAAAUGACAAAGAUUUCAACAAAGAAUAUAAACUGUUGGGAGCUUUUAGUGAGGGUUUCAAGACAGCUAAUCGUCACAUCCUGUUUGUGUUUCUUAAAGAUGAAAAGGUUAAAAUGUCUGUUGACCCGGCCCAGAAAGUGGCCUGGGAACACAAAACAUGUAAGGAAUUGGGGGAAACUCUGCUUAAGGACGUCGCUGAGAAGCGCGACAACGGAGGCCACCUUCACAUGGAUUUGCUUAAAUACCGGCUGGACGAUUUCAUCAACGAGCUGGGAAAAAAUCCUGGAAUAUCCAUGUUUAAUAAACUAGCAGAUGAAUGCUUUUCAAUGGUUAAAAAAAUUUUGCUGAAAGAGUAAAAUGACGCAGAAGCCUAUUUCUGCAAAGCUUCUUCAGUUCCUGUUUGUCCUGCUGCAGCUGCAGGUUGUUGGUUCAAUCCCCAGUCUGCUCCUUUGUUUUUGGGAGGUGGUGGUGCAGUUUUAGCUUUAACUGUUUAUUCUGCUGCAGCUGAAUCAAUCAUUUGUUUCUGUUUCUCUGUAUGAUCAUCAAUAAAACUCAGUCUGUCUGCACUGA